AUGCCGGAAGAGACCAAUCCGACAAUCAUCGCCCCCGGCGGCGACCUGGUCCUCGCUGUCUGCCAGGAAGAGGGCGGCGAACAGUUCGCGUACCGUGUCGAUUCGAAAAUCCUUCGGGAGAACUCGAGGUUUUUUGAGAAUUUGCUGAGCGAUCGAUUCAACGAAGGACAGCGACUGUCAGCAGAGCUCGAAGCUCUGAAGCUUGCAGGACACUCAAACAUCGCAGAUGCGUCAGCAGACGCCCUGCCCCGAAUACACAUCGUGAACAUCGGUAGAAUAUCGAUUUCGAAAGCAUCGAAUGUCCAGAACCUAAUCGCCGACUUCCUACGUGCCGUUCAUGGACAGGACCUUGCUGUUCCAAAUCCUCCCGUGCCGAACCUCGCGAAUCUCGCUGUCGUCGCCGAUCGCUUCGAUGCGGUAACUUGUCUCUCGCGAUACGUACAAAGGAGGAAAUACCUGCAUCUGAUAGAUGCGAAGCCGAAGGGCAGGGUUAGUCCCGGCCUUCCGGAAGAGAGGGCGCGACAGAAGCUGCUUGUAGGUCUGCUGUUCGAUCAUCCGCCAUGGGUUACGCGGUAUUCGAAGCACCUGAUAAUGCGGGACUCGAUUCAGUGGAAACCCGGGAUUGAAGAGGAUCAUUCAAAGGCUUUGUGGUGGGAUAUUCCCUACGGCGUCGAAGACGAACUGAUUCGGCGGCGAGAGUGCAUACUGGAGACGAUCAACUCGCUGCAGUCGCACUUCCUCAAGCUGUACACGUCAGGGGAGCGGCAAUGCAAACUGGGCUAUGAUACAUCCGUUCAAUGUGAUUCCUUUCAGCUUGGCGAAAUGGUUCGAUUCUUCACAAAGCUGAGUACUCUUCGACUUCAGGGUACGAUAUACGACAACACCGAGCCGACUUACUAUUCUGGAGACAUUGAUCGUCUACUGGAGUCUCUCCGUCAGUGUUCUUCGUACCAGAUCGACCGCAACCACUCCCAUUGCGGUCUACGAGUCAGGCUAAUACCCUUGCUCGACCUGAUCCAGAAUCAGCUUUCUCUUGACACUGGUAGUUUGGAUAUCGGCAUUUGCGCGGAGUGCUGGAACUAUCAUCGGUCGCUAUACGCCUGGUCUUCAGCAAAGAGACCGGUGUUGUGGGCCCACCCAAAGUCUCUGACCGGAAUGCGCACGCUUGCAAGCCCUUACAUCAGGGGACAUCAGAGGAAUUCGAGUAGCUGCCUGAACAGGCAUAUCUUGGUCAGGGACAUGUUCAUGGCUGUGGAGAGGGACUGGACGGCUAGGGACGCUUAUUGA